GUCAUUUACGGAUGAGUCGGUGAGAAAUGGCGAGUGAGCAGAAUCGGGAAGCGUGAGCCGCGUCUCCGGAAGCUCAGCGAGGCGCGCGCGGUUUCGGCUCCGGUGCAGAUAUAUAUUUACCUUUAUAUUUUAUUUCGGAGCUUCGUUUCUAUGGAAACGGGUUGUGUGGAGAACGGGAUGCUGUGUCAGAGGCAGGUGGUGAACAGCGAGAGGCGCGAGCUCGAGCACGCGGCCAAGCAGGUCCGCUUCGCGGGGAAAUGCAGCAGCAGCAGCAGCAGCGCGAGCGCAGCGCGAGCAGGAGAACCGGCGGCUGCGAGCGUGCCGGGAGCCCCGCCCAGCUGCGACACCGCCAGACAGAUCGGACCGCAGCUCAAACUGCUGCCUUUAAACGACCAAAUCCGAGAGCUGCAGACCAUCAUCCGGGACAAGUCCACCAGUCGAGGGGAUUUUGUGUUUUCUGCUGACAGAUUGAUCAGACUGGUGGUUGAAGAGGGACUCAAUCAGCUUCCGUACAGUGAGUGCACUGUGAUCACACCCACAGGUCACAAGUAUGAGGGGGUGAAGUUUGAGAAGGGAAACUGUGGUGUGAGCAUCAUGCGCAGUGGCGAGGCGAUGGAGCAGGGUCUGAGAGACUGCUGUAGGUCAAUCCGCAUCGGAAAGAUUCUCAUCCAGAGCGAUGAGGAGACUCAGAAAGCCAAAGUUUUCUACGCCAAGUUUCCUCCUGACAUCAGCCGCAGGAAGGUGCUGCUCAUGUACCCCAUACUGAGUACAGGUAACACAGUGAUUGAGGCAGUGAGGGUGUUAAAGGAACAUGGCCUCCAAGCCAAACACAUCAUCCUGCUGAGUCUUUUCUCCACACCACAUGGUGCUAAAUCCAUAGUAACAGAGUUUCCUGACAUCACAAUCCUGACAACCGAGGUUCACGCUGUUGCUCCAACACACUUCGGCCAGAGAUACUUCGGCACAGACUGACUGACGCACGCAACCCGAAGGCUCCUGCUCCGCUGACCCGUCACAGGAAGUCCAGUAAUAUUUCUGAUUUGGUCCAUUUCCAGUGUUUCUGAAACGUACUUGCUUUAGUAUUCUCACUGUGUUCAGCCUGACAUCACGGACCGUACACACAACGGACAACGUGUGGGUGGAGCGUUUGUAGUCGAACAGAACAUCUGAUGCCCUGCCCACAUUUGUCACAGACACGCCUUCUUCUUCACGCUAAGACGGUGCUCAGUGACUCGGCCCGUCUACAGAUAUUUCCUCUGCGUUCUCGCCUUCUGUCUUCACAAAAACACGAUUCGGUUCACUGACAGCAAAGCUUUUUAAAAAUUGCGGUUUUACGUACGUUUUGCCAGGACUCGGUUUAUCAGCCGCUGUCCGAGUUGUUACUGAAUGCGAUAGGCGCUGUACCGCACCUCACCUCACCGCGAAUACUUUGGAUUCAUCACAUGACUCACGAGUUGUUUGACAAGACAGUUUGAUGUACAGCACUUUAUUUUUUCGAACAGCAUUUGCAUGAAUGGAAUUGUUUUUACAAAAAAAUGACGCGUGUAUGGACGCUAGAGUCCUUUCAGAAAACAGCGUUCUCAUGGAUGCUAAUGUUUUUUUUUUUUUUUCAGAAAACAGCAUUUAAAAAAAAAAAAGUGUUGACGUGAAUAAAAUUGAUUUUGUAAAACGCUGUUAGCGAAGACUGAAGUGGGAGAGACACGAAGCACAGCUGCUGCUCAUCCAGCAUGGAGAGCGCUGUUACUUUACUUUAAACUGCAUACAGUGGCAAGAAAAAGUAAGUGAACCCUUUGGAAUGACCUGCAUUUCUGUAUUUUUAAAUACGGUCUGAUCUUCAUCCAUGUUUACAAUAAAAGUUUUAACUAAUAACACCCAAACAGUUAAUCGUUCACAUCUUUACUGAACACAGCCAUUAUACAUGCACAGUGCUGUUGGGAAAAGUAAACGAACCCUUAGGUUUAGUUCCUGGUGGCAGUAAUGACCUCAAACAAGUGCUGCUGGGAGUUGUGGAUCAGAGCUGCACACCGUUCAGAAGGAAUUUUGGUCCGUUCUUCCUGACGGAACGUUUUCAGCUUGGCUGUAUUAUCAGGAUGUCGGGUUAAAGUCUGAGCUCUGACUGGGCCACUUUCCGAGGCAGAAAAUCAUGAUGCUCCCACCACCAUGCUGCUUUUUUUUUUUUUUUAAAUGCCAUAGGUCGUGCUCGGUGUUCUUCCAGUAUUAUUUUGGAGAGCAGCGGUUUCCUCCAUGGUGUCCUGCGUAUGUUUGACUCAUGAACAGAGAUAUCAACGAGUCCCAAUGGUUCCUUCAAGCCUUUAGCUCUUACUCUCAGGUUCUUUACUUCAUUGAGGAUUCUGCGUUUGGAGUAACCUCGGCCAGACGCCCACUUCUACGGAGAACAGCCACACUACUAAAUUGUCGUCUCGUUUGGCUGAGCGUGGACUGAUGAAUAUCGAGACUGCUUCGUAAACCUUUCCAGCACAUCAGGACUUAUUGAUCUGACAGUUUCUGACGUCUCAUUUUUGCAAGGCUUCGUUCACAUCAGCAGAUAGAUGCUUCUCGUGAAUAGCAAACUCUAAAUGUUUUGGUGUCAGAGUCUCAAAAAUAACCCACAUCUCCUGUUUCUUUGCACUGACAAAUCUGGAUGUGGGCGGGGCUAAACAUUGUACUUCAGCCUUCCACCCCAGGGCAUCCGAUUACGAUUUUGGCUUCAGUUGCCACGUCCGUCUUGUGUACGGUCCGUGUUCAGAACACGCCUUUGCCGUUCUAGAAAAUUCUGCCGUGUUCUAGAGUUUAAAGGACACAUUCCAGCUUUGAUACUCGGCUCAUCCACUGGAUUAUUCCUCCACGUUCUGCUGAAUCAGUGCUGAUGAUAUAUAUAUAUUAUAUAUGAAAAAAAUUAAUAAAUAUUUUGUACUGAA